UCCCCUUUUCGGUGCUACGGAGGUAACAGUCACUAACGGGGUGAUAGGGGAGGAGCCUGGAGGCGGGACCUCUCUGUCUGCGUGCUGGUUGCAGCCUUCGCUUUGCUUUCCUGAGGUGCUGGCUCGCGUGCUUCGCUCAGAAAACGAAAAAAGUGUUGUAAAGGAACAAUGAAAAGGUUGGUCAUUGGACUUGGAGGGGUAACAAAUGGAGGCAAAACAACUCUGGCAAGAAAGCUGAAGAAACUGCUUCCCAGUUGCACUAUAAUUUCUCAAGAUGACUUUUUUAAGCCAGAAUCUGAAGUGGCCAUAGAUGAUCGUGGAUUUCUGCAGUAUGAUGUACUUGAUGCCUUGUACAUGGAGACAAUGGUGGCAAGCAUACAUUCUUGGAAGACAAAACCAGAAGACUCUGCAUUGCCAAGACCACCCAAUAAUACACAUGAUGAUCAGACAGGAGCAAAAGAUACUCGUGUCUUAAUUAUUGAAGGUUUCCUUCUGUAUAACUACAAGCCCCUUAGCAGUAUAUGGGAUAAAAAAUAUUUCUUAACUAUUCCUUAUGAAGAGUGUAAAAGGCGAAGAAGCAACAGAAUAUACAGUCCACCAGAUCCACCUGGUUACUUUGAUGGACAUGUGUGGCCCAUGUAUCAGAAACACAAGAGAGAAAUGGAAGAAAAUGAAACGAGCAUCGUUUAUUUAGAUGGAACAAAAUCACAGGAAGACCUCUGUUCAAGGAUAUAUAAUGAUAUAAUGAAGGAAUUGGAAAAGACAAUUGCUUCCGACUCUUCGUGAUUUCAUGGACCAGCCCAUGCCAGAGCUUCCUGUCGGUCAUCAACAACCCCAGCUCCCCCAGGGACGAGUCUGUCACCUCUAGAAUAUCAUCCAUCCAUCUUGCCCUUGGUCGGCCCCUCUUCCUUAUGCCUUCCCCUUUCCCUAGCAUCCUGGAGGAUGGACUGGUUUGAUCUUCUUGCAGUCCAAGGCACUCUCAGAAUUUUCCUCCAACACCACAGUUCAAAAGCAUCGAUCUUCCUUCUCUCAGCCUUCCUUAUGGUUCAGCUCUCGCAGCCAUGUUACUACGGGGAAUACCAUUGCUUUAACUAUGCGGACCUUUUUUGUUAGUGUGAUGUCUCUGCUCUUAAUAUUGGUUGUGGUUCAGAACCAAUUCAGUUGCUGGAAUUCCUGUAACCUCAUUCUUUUCUUCUUAAUAAAUCUUGUCAAAAACACUCUG